AUGGCGACGAUGCUGGGUGGAGUGGGGCCCGACAUGACUCCGGUCUCCGGGUCUACGGUGUCUGCAGGAAUCAUGGCGACCUCCGCUCCUCUGAUACGGGACAAGGUUUCAGAAGUGCGAGUGAAACAACAAGUGUCGGCUCCCAGUUACUUCGUGUCGCUGAGUGGAAAUGCUGCACCACCAUUCCGAAGCCCGGGCAAGGAGGCGCGCCCGAGGAUUCUUAUAGGCACCAUCAUGAGCGAGCGGGACGCUGUAGAGAUGGUGGCGGCGGCCAACGCCCCUUUCGGACUUUGGAAAUAUAUCUAUAACUUUGUAGUGGAAAAAAAUAUUACAGAAAACUUCAAUCUGUCCGAACGUCAGUUCCUUACGAGUCUUGUGUGUGAGGUGACGGACUACGCGGCGCAGCGCGACUUCAGCGCGUUAAAGCUCGCGUUACUCAUCACGCUCUACCUCGACACGCACAAGUACUUCAAGUGGUACUAUUGGCUGUCUCCGCGCGAGCUGUGGUCGUACUUCUUCGAAAACCUGAUACGUCUCACCAUUGAGAACUCCCCGGACGGCCAGGAAGUGUUUGAGCCUGAAGAGAGCUACGACGUCCUGACGCACUUCCACGCCGCGUACGUGAGCAACCUGCCGCUCGUGCACAUAGCCACCUUCGGCGCCACUCGCCUGCGGCUCAGCUGGCCCUUCAAACGCAAGUAG